AGAACAACCGGACUGACUCGGCGGUUCGAUACUUCGAUUCGAUCGGCGAUAGUCGUCUUCCAAGUUCCAAGCAAGGACAGGUCAUCGGAAUCUCUCGAAAAGAACCCUAUCCAUGGGUGCAUCAGAGUCAGUUCUCUCGAGCUCACAGAGGCCGGUCGAUGAGAUUACCACGGUUUCGGAGCGCGCUGAAGGCGUAGAUCCUGUCUUGGAGAGGCUGAGGUCCCUUCAAAUUUCUAAGCCGAUCCUGACGUCGCCACUAGCAGAGAGUAGUCUGACAGACAUAUUGGUGAGAAAGACGCCAUAUGCUUCGAAUUCAGGUUGUGUAGACCCAAAAGUCCUACUGGAGCUCUUCUCCACAUACCGUAAUUGGCAAGAGGAUAAGGUCCAGACGAUCAAUAAAAAACAGGAAGAGAUAGAUAACAAAAUAGAAGUAGUAGAUGCAUUGGCAAUUAAGCUUCUUCAGCGAUACAACUACUCAGUCUCAGCAAUGAAAGCAACAUCACAGCAUCUGUCAGAAGUACAUGUAUUACAAGUGGAACUUGGAGAGUUGAAAGGGAGAUUGACUGAGGUAAUCAGCAACUGCGAUGCGUUGUGCAAGAGGAUCGAGUCUGAAGGACCAGAAUCACUUCGAUCUUCUAUCAAGCCAUUUACAGUAGCCUCUGUGAACCCAGAAGAUGCUCGCAGAUCCGACUCUUUGCAAAGCGACACUGAUGACGGGCAGAAGAUUGCUUAGAAACUUACUAGCACAUUUUCCAUCCCUUUUCUUUUUUCGUUUUAAUUAUAGAUUGUACUUCCCAUUCCUUAUCACGCCAAUAGCCCUGUUUGGUAAAAAAAA